CUCUUCUUGUAUUGCUGCCCACCACUGCUUCCGAUAGGGACCGGCCAACGCUUCUUCAACUGUGACUGGCUCGGAGGGCAGGUUGUAUGCCUUCCUCCUCUCCUUGGAGACAAGUACGGUUGCCGACAUGGUGAGUAGAAGGUGAGUAUGAACAUCCUUCCAUGGUGUCAUGAGGAUUUGGGCAUACCGGGGAGUGGGUUUCUUUACCCGUUUCCCUCUGCCCAAUUCUUCCUUCCUCUUUUCAGCUCUACCCAUUUGGGCUACAGCUCCAUUGUUUAGCCCUUGCUCCACUGAGUCUUCAUCAAGUUCCCGUCCGAUGAGAAUAGCGCCUUUCUCAAGUAGGCCUUCAAUUUCUGCUGCUGCCUUGUCAUUGCUUUUUGAAUUGAUCAGCUUCCACGGGUUGGUGUGGUCCGAGCUUGUAGCGUCGUCCACUUCUUCCUCUCCAUCAUGCCCAUGCUGAUUUUCUGCUUCAUCUUGGUCAGCACUCUCUCCAUGGAUCCCACCAGUUCUUUCCUUUUCCUGGUUGCCCUCCCUUUCAUCCUUUGGUUCCUUGGGUGGUGCUGGCUGCUCCGGGACCUCCCACACCCAAUCCACCCCUGCAGUUGGGUAGUCGUCGUAGUCUUCAUCUUCAGUGUAAUCAUUUGCUGCCCCAAUUCCUUCCUUGCCAUUCACAUCCAUCAUCUCCUCAACCGGAGAUGGUGCUGCUGCCGUCGGUUCCUUUGUUGCUCUUUUGUUCUCAGCUGCAGCCCCCGUCUUCCUUCCCUUCCACUCCAAGUAGGUGUCAAGCUCGUAGAAGGCGACAUCUCUGGUUGCUGUCACCUUGCCUGUAUCCACAUCCCUUAUAAUCCAACCUUUGCUCUCUGGGCAGAUUCCCAAGUAGAUUCCCCACUUGGUUCGAGGUAGGAGCUUGUGGUCGGGUCCCGCCGGCUCCCGGUACUGCACCAUGCAGCCCCAUACACGUAAGAACUCCAGGUUUGGCUUGCGCUUGUAGAACGCCUCGUGGGGUGUGAUGUCGGCUACAAGUCCCUUAGUCGGUAGUCGAUUUUUCAGCCAACAUGCCAUGCCGAGUGCGUCACCCCAAUAGUGUAGAGGCAGUCCGCUAUCCGCCAGCAUGCUUCUUACACUUUCCAGUAGAGAUCGGUUCACCCGCUCUGCUAUGCUGUUGUGUUGAGGAGUGUGCGGCACCGUUAGUUGCCGCCGAAUGCCCUUUGACUUCAAGUAGCUCUUGAACUCUUGAUUGAUGAACUCGCCACCAUUGUCCGUCCUUAGUACUUUUAGUUUCCUUCCACUUUGCCUUUCCGCUUCAGCCUUCCAGUCGAGCAAGCUUGCGAACACUUCAGAUUUGUUCUUGAUCUCCGUCACCCAUGUAUGUCGUGUGCCAAGGUCGGUGAAGGUAACAAAGUACUUGCUGCCAUGUCGGGAAGCCACCCUCAUAGGCUCACAAACGUCGGCAGCCACGAUGUCAAGUAUGAUGUAUGGCUCCCGAACCUCAUGCUUGGGGUGAGAAGUCUUGGUAGCCUUUCCUUCCACGCAGGAGGUGCAACUCAGCUCUUUUUCUGUAUCCUCUGUCACCUUCACUCCCACUGCCAUGUUUUUCUUAAUCAACUCAUUGAUGCGCGUAUGUCCAGCGUGCCCCAGCCUUCGGUGCAGCAGGUUGACGUCCACUGGUGUCACCGUUGCUGCCUUGGGAGGAGCUUGCUGCUGGAGUUCUUUGAUGGGCGUCUUCUCUAGCAUGGUGCGAAGCUCGUCCCUUGCUGUCUUCCCUUCCUCCGGUUCAGCAAAGUAUGUAGAUCUUGCACCAUCUUUCUGCUUUUCAUGUAGCUUCAUCUCGUACAGCCCUUGCUUGCGUGCGCCUUCCGCUAGCACCUUCCAGUCAGGGCCGAACACCCAUAGGCGCCCCUUGUCACUGUAGGUCUUGCAUCCGCUGUUGUCCAGCUGUGAUUGACUGAGUAGAUUCAGAGUCAAUCGGUCCACCAGCAACACGCUGUCCAACUUUAACUCUCCAUAUGCCCCUUGUAAUACCAUAUCUCCUUCCCCUUUCACUGGAAGCUGCCCUUCAUCUCCCAGCAGCACAUAUGGGACCAUAGAAGCUCUGAAAUCUUGCAGCCAACCUUCUUGAUUGGUCAUGUGUUGGGUACAUCCACUGUCCAUGUACCACUCCUGUCCCUUCAGCCCUGUUGCUAGCAGGCACGCUCCAGAAGCACGUGCAACAUUGGCCUUGUGUGCACCUCCAAGAAUCACGUCUUCAUUGCCGUUGUUCGCCUCUGCAACGUUGGCUUUCGCAGGUGAAUGAGGUUUGUACUGCUGCUGUCCACCCCUGUAGUUUUUGCUUGUAGGGUUGGAGUAGCAGUAUAUUGCCUUGUGGCCAUACUUGUGGCAAUAGUUGCACGUUCCAGCAAACCCGC